AUGAGUAAUAUAGAAGGUGAUUUUUACUUUAUAAUGAGUGAUAAAGAAGGUGAUUUUGAAGAAGAUUCUUUACUUUUUAAUUCUAAUUGUGAAACUAGCGAUAAUAUAUCAAUUGGUUCUAGUAACGGGGCUAUUUCAAUGGUUCAAGAAAAUCAAUCUCGUAUUACAAAAAAAAAUUGGGUAUGGAAAUACUUCGAAGUAAGCAAAGAUAGAAUACAUAAUGUUUAUAAAGUUGAGAUUCUGAAUAAUCAAAACCAUGGUAUUCAACAAACAUUGGCAAAAGCUCUUGAACAAGCAAAAAUUCAAAGUAAUAUUUGUCCAGAUGAUGCAUUAAAUUUUGGUAAUAAUGAUUCGUCGAUAAAUUUACUUAAACUGCGUAAAGCAGUUGAAUGGUUAUAUGCAAAGCUAUCUUUAUUUGACAAUUCAGAUGAUCAAGCUGAUGAACCAUUUAAUAAUACCACUACUUAUUUUAGUGGGUCGUAUUAUGCUACCUUAUCUAUUAUAUAUCCUUUAAUUGAAGCACUUAAAUUUACAUUUGCUGAAUUCGAAAUAUCAAGUGAUACUCCAAACUAUGAACAAGAAUUAUCAGAUGAUAGUAGUAACAAUUCAGAAAAUAAUACUUUAGAUUUAACUAAUGAUUCUUCUCAAAACACUCAUCUUAUAAAGUUAAUGUGCUAUAUAAUCUAUAAUUUUUUAUUUAAUUAUUGGAAUGAGCCACUAAUGGUCACUACUUUAAAUCAUAAACAAGCAAUAUCAAUAUAUACUACCUCUUCAAAUAGUAACAAUAUUCAUCACAAUCGUUUACACUACUCAAUUUUUGGCACAUUUACUUCAACUGAUACUGCUUCUAAUCCUUUAGCUGAAUUAGAAUGCUACCUGGACCUUAUACGAACUCCUAUUGCUAAAGAUAAUAUGAAUCUAUUUAAAUAG